UCCACUGCAGCCUACACCUCUCUGCCCAGUUGGGCUAGUUCUUACCUUUGAGCCUUAACGCCACAAAGAUGCCUGAUCAACCAACCCAGAAUGUCAUUUCUUCCAUCGGCAUAUAAUCAAAAGUCUUUCCUCCAUCUGUAAACUUACUUGACGUUUUCAUCAUCAAAAGUGUUAUCGCAGGUCUCACCAUGCCCCCGAAGAAGAACGAGUACAUCCGAACCAUUCCCAACGACUACACCAAAUACUCACCCCUAGGCCGUGACGAAAUCCGGCUUCUGAGAAUCAGCAAACUGCCACACGCACACCCUACCUCACCGGCAACCUCGACUAAUAACACCGACGACCACACAAGCCUUCCACCCGUGCAAUGUGAACUCUACCGUGUCAAACUCUCCGCUUCCCAGCGCCCGCCCUUCGCCGCCCUCUCCUACUGCUGGGGUGACCUCCGGCACACGCUUCCCAUAACCGUCAUAUUCCGCGACGCUGAGCUUCUUCAGGAGCCCGCUGAGCACGACGAGGACCCAUUAGGAUGGAAGAAGCUAUCAGCUACCUCCCCAGCCCCAGUGGUAGUAGAAAAUUUCAACGUCACCACAAACCUCCACGCCGCUCUGCACGCCUUCCGCGCCGACCCCUCCUCCUUUGAGGAGCUGCAGUUUCUCUGGACCGACAUGCUCUGCAUCAACCAAGACGAUCUCGCCGAGCGGUCCUAUCAAGUUUCGCUGAUGAGGGACAUAUAUGAUGGGUCGAGGGUGGUGGAGGUUUGGUUGGGCGGCACCGGCAUGCAGGGCACUCAGGGCACUCAGGCCGAGGGACAAGGACAACCUGGUCUUGAUCUAGGAUCUAGUGGUCUUCUGCGCCCGGAAGACGAUUUGUUGACGGAUGAGUUGAUGGUCUUGGUAGAUGAUGCUGGGAAAGCGAUGAAGGAGGCGGAGGAGUGGAGAGAGAGGAAUUGGGAGGGGGUGAUGAUGCGGUUGACGCCUGAGAGGCGGAUCUGGGUCAUCCAGGAGGUUGUCUACAGCAAGCAGACAUUUGUUCGACAUGCGAACACGCGUAUCAGGUGGAACUCGAUGCUCAACCUGGUGAGAAUCAAGGGAAGAUUGAUGGCGGCGCGGUGGAGUAAGAAGAUGGUCAAGGAUAUGAAAUACGACGACGACGAGCUACAUGUCCCGCGCCUGUGGAAAGAGGGUCUGAAGCCGUCGGCCCAGUUGGACUGGAACCCGACGCCGGGGUACGCGAUGCUGCCUUUGCUUUCUCCGUUGGAAGUAAUUUUCCAGACCAGCGCGUUUAUCGCUACGGACCCGAGAGAUCGUUUGUUUGGUAUCUUGUCACUUAUUCCAUCCACCUCUGGGGCCAAACCAUAUCUGCCGGACUACAAAAAGUCUAUUGCCCAGGCUUCUUGCGACUUCACCAAGUGGCAUGUGGAAGUGCUAGGGUCGUGGGAUGUCUUGUCUCUGUGUCGUCCUAGGGGCCAACGUUCUUUCUUCAGAGACUCAACGCUCCCGAGCUGGGCGAUUGACUUUAAGAAGGACUACGGAGAGAUUCCACCUUUUGCACUACAAAAGUACGCGGAUGGAUCGCCCAUGUUCUCCGCUGGCAUAUGUCCGCAGUCUUCAAGUUGGUCUCCUCGACGUUCCUAUCGCGUCAUCAGAAAUGGUACCGGUCGCACGCAAGAGGAAGAAGACAGCAACAAGAUCACGCUACCAGGCUGCAUCGUUGCCCGCAUAACCAAAGUCUGGUCCCUCAACUCGAGUUCAAUCUCCUGGCUUCCUCACCCCAGUCUGUGGGCUAAAGACGAGUCACCACCGCCACCGCCGCCUAAGCCAGAACCAAAGAAGCCUACCGCUUCCACUUCCCAAGGAGAAGCCCCAGCAGUCAAAACCCUCCUUGACGCCCUCCGCUCUCUCAAAGCAGGCCUCAACCCCACACCCACAUCCGCCUCUCCCUCCUCCACCGCUGUGGGAAACCAAGAUCAAGACCAAGACCGCGAAGUCGACCCCCUCCGCUGGAAAUCCGCCAUGGCUUCUCACGCCGCCCGCAUCCUCCGCGAGCUAUGGAAGACGGGCUUCAAGCCUACCAUCACCGUCUUCAUUCCCAUCAUCACUCCCAUCCCUACUCCCUAG